AUUUGGUGUGGAUUUGGUGUGCGAUUGUGUGGAGUCUGUAAUGUCUGUAAUGUGUAAUGUAUUGUAAGGUUUGGCGCAAACGCUAUGAACGCAAUGCUGUCUCUCAUAGAAGCGUACGAAUAGUGUAUUGAAAGUAGCGUUUGGUUGCAGUGAAGGUCUCGCGACUCCACUCUCUCUCCACUUGUAUUGAUAGCAUUCAUUGCGGAAACCAUUGAAACAAUAGUUAAUGUCUUUUCCGAGGCAUUCAUUGAGCCAUUGAAUUGUCUCAUCGCUUGAUCUCAUAAGAAGUGUGUGUUUUGUUGUCGACUUGACUACUCGUGAGCUGAUCGUUGCGGACAUCACACGUGCGAAGACUCACCACUCGUUUGCAGACAAUGGAGUCUUCGUAUGGCAUAGGAGUGAAGAACAGGUACGCCGUGUUCAUCGGCGACGAAGAGGACGACCCGCUGACCAUCGUUGCCAAGAGUGAGGAGAAGCUCAAGACAACGACCGCCGCCACAGAUAAGCACUCGUCGGCCAAUCGGUCGGUGAAGGCUCUGAACGACUCGAAGACUAACCAUCAGAACAUCAUCUCUAAAGACAAGACUCAAAAGGAUUCACUCAUUAAGUCGAAGACAACCGAAGGCCUCCAGUCUUUGUCCAAAAAUAAAGAUAUCACUAAAGGCGAUUCCAAUCGAAUUAAUCGGCAAAAGACUGACCGAAAUCAGAGGCCACGCGAUGUGAACCAAACCGGAGACAAACCCAAUCACAUAAACGAUCGCCAGAACCGACCGCCGCGUGCUUUCAAUAAUGACCAGAAGGACAUCGACGACCAGAAGAACCAACGAAACCGUGACGAGCGGUUUGGCGGCAACACCAAUGAGAUCAGACGAGAGCGAAGUGAUAGCGACCGGAGAGGCGGACGAGGAGGUCGUAGCAGUGGUCCGCGCACUGGAGGCCGAGGCGGCGGCCGCUUUGGUGACGACCAAAGGCGUGGAAAACGUGAUCUCGACAGACACUCAGGUAGUGAUAAGGCAGGCGUUAAGGCUGUGGACAAGAGAGAUGGCGGCGGCGCUCAUAAUUGGGGCAAAAUUGACGACUUCUCUACUCGAGAGGAACUAAAUGCUGACAAUCAGGAUAUGGCCGACAAGAGUGCCGAUGAAACCACUCUUGAAGUGAACGAUUCAAAUGUUGAAAACGACGGCAACCCUAACGACGAGUCGGUGCCCAAAGAGGAGGCGCCCAAAGAGAUGACACUCGAGGAGUAUAAACAACAGCUCGAAGAACAGAGAGAAGAAGAUCCACGAAAAGGGCGUCACAAACAGAUUUUGGACAUUGAGAUCAACUUCAGCCGAGACGAGGGCAGAGAUUUCCCGAGACGUGGAGACGGAAGGCGUGGCGGAAGAGACAGGCGAAGUGACGAUAGAGGCGGCGAACGGGCAGAAAGAGGUGGAGAGAGACCGGAACGAAGCGAUCGGCCGGAGAGGGAUGGCAUGAGAGGUGGCGGAGGCGGUGGUGAGCGUCGCGGCGGUGGAGGUGACAGAGGAGAGAGAGGUGCGGCGCGUGGCUCUCGAGGUGGCGAUCGAUCGUUUGGUGACCGGAACCGCAUUCGUCGUCCGCGUGACCCUAAAGAGCAAACCGCCCCCAAAGUCGACGACUGGAAUGACUUUCCCUCGUUGUCAACGGCAUAA